AUUCCUUUGAAUCCUUUUAUCUGGCUUUCCACCCCUUUUUCUUCCUCCAUAGCAAAAUCUAGAGUCAAAGAAAAUUACAUUAAUCCUCUCAGAUGAGUUCUUCUACUAUUUUCUUGCUCUUUCUUCUCACAGUUGCAUUUCCUCGCCAAAACCCUAAUUUUCUCAUCCAAGCUGACUCAACCCUGAUCCAGAACACAUGCAAAAACACCAAGUACUAUGGCCUUUGCGUCUCAUCCCUCAAAUCUGUUCCCACAAGCAUAAAUGCAGACACAAAGGGGUUGGCAGUUAUUAUGGUUGGGAUUGGAAUGGCAAACGCAACUGCUACCUCAUCGUACUUGUCCUCUCAGCUAAUCAGCUCAAGCAUCAAUGACACAAACUUGAAGAAGGUCCUCAAGGAGUGUGCCGACAAGUACGGCUACGUCGGUGAUGCCCUUCAAGCUUCAGUGCAGGAUUUAGGUUCAGAGUCUUAUGAUUAUGCUUACAUGCACAUCACUGCAGCAGCUGACUACCCAAAUGCCUGCCACAAUGCUUUCAAAAGGUACCCAGGUUUGGCUUAUCCUCCAGAACUUGCAAGAAGAGAGGAGGGAUUGAAGCAUAUUUGUGAUGUGGCUCUGGGAAUUAUUGAUAAUUUUGGCUUGUAACUGUUUAUUUCCUACUAGGGUGCUCAAUAAUGCAAGUUUAUUAGAUUAUUAGGAAAGGAAAGAAAAAUUAUUUAUUUUUCCGAGUCACUGUGUGGUCUAAACCAUUAAUUCUGUAGCAAUGCAUGUCCUAAACAUAUAUGCAGUUAAUUAUUCAGAUUAUAUUAAUAUUUCUCUAGAAUAUGAUGCCCACUUAGUUAGAAUCUACCAUUAUAAUUUUUGAUUAAUUGUCCACUAACAAAAAGUGUUUUGUCUCCUUUCUUUUCUUUGACCAUAGUAGAAGAUGACUGAUAGCACGUUCCCAUAUAAAGUCCUAACUUUGUUCCAGAAUUUUCCAUAAGGAUACUGAUUGUGUUCAACGGUGGAAUUUACUUGUCUUCCAUUUAUAAUUAAUGUAUUUUUAUUAUAUAAAUAUUAUUAUUAGAGCUGUUUAUUCUUUUUAUUAUCUUUUGAAGAUUAUAGGCAAAAAAAUUUGGAGAUCA